GCGCGUGCUUAUGAAAGUGAUACCAUGACGACAAAUAACAGCGAUAGGCCAACGAUUCUAAUACCGCCGACAACUUGAAGAAAAACAUCCAGAUAUGUCAAAAUGAUGGCAAAAUUCUCGUCGGGAAUGUAGCUUUGACAUCUGUAUACCGUAACAGUCGCGAAACAAUUUUUUCAAAAAUGUAUCAAUUUUAUUCGCCUUACUUUUCACACAAAUCGUCAAGUAAUGAAUUUUCUAAAAUUGGAAGUUCUGGAAUUUAUGACUAUCAUUUGUCUGGUGAUUAUUUGACUUCUAACCAUUCCACUUCAAGUGAACUUGAAAGAGACUUGCAUUCUGGAUUAGAUUCUGAAACGGAGAGACCAAAAUCAUCGCAGUAUAUUGCACCAAACUGUGUAUUAUUUAACUAUUUUAGUGGUGACGUUUCAACAGUUGUCGAUGACCACUUUAGCAGAGCUUUAAGUCAACCAAGUAGUUUUACCCUGGACAAAUGUAAUACUGGGGACAGAAAACCGGAGAAACCUUUGAUGUGCCAGAGAAAAAUGCCUUCAUCAUUCUGGAACAGUAAUCACAAGAGAACAAGUCCAUAUGGAUCGUCAUGUGGGUUGGACUAUAGGGACCCAUAUUUUCCGCCAUCUUGGUACACAUUACAGAACAAUCAUUGGCCGUAUAGCUUCCCAAGACAUCAUGCUCAUUCAGAACUUGGUCAGAACUUCACAUAUUCAUCUCUAGAUACGGCGGGAAAGUUGGGAACACCAUACCAAUCUCUUAUGUUUCCGUCUGGCUACGAAUCAAGACAAAAUAAAUAUGACUUUACUAAGAAUAUGGAGUCUUUAUCUAGUCCAAGUAACUAUUAUGGACUUUCCAGAUUCGGAAUGGACUUAGCGACCAAGGGAAACAUUGAUUCGACUGUUUCUGGUCUAGAAUAUCAGUUACAAUCAGCCAGAAGAGAGAUGUGUUGGUAGCUUCAUCUUGAAAACUAAAUUGUUAAUAAAACAUCCGUAUUAGAUCAAUUUUUCAUCAACAAUGACUGAAAUGUUUGGAUGGGGAUACUGAACCGGAGUUACAUGUUUCGGACAGUGAUGAAUAGUGUUUCCGGUGAUGAGAUGUCCACCAAGUGGACACAUACGACGGUUAUUUUAAAUGUUCGGACCAUGGAAGUAAAAUACCCUUCCAUGUUCAGACUGAGCCUGACGGUUUUUGUUUUAUGUUUUAGUGUACAUAUUUGUUCUACAAGUUGGAGUAACUUACAUUGGACAAAGACCAUGAUAUUUGUUAUU